AUGGCUGCUGUGAUUGGCUGUGUUUUGGAGGGGCUCCUGAGCGAUUGUGGUCAUGUUGAGAAGCCUCACUCUUUUCGAGAGGCGCGGACGAGUGCUGCGGAGGCGGGGUCUGACGCACGGGCGGCCGUGCGGGACGGGCAGAGGGAGGUGACCGCUGGAGCGGAGACGGGCACCAUCACACCAAAACUGAGGAAGAGGAGCCUGAGGGAAACUGAGGAAGAGGAGCCUGAGGAAGACAUGAAGUCUGUGAGCGUGCUGCCGACCCUGCUUCUGUUGGUGUCCGUCAGCUUCUCGGACACCCGGAAGGGGGGCGCUGGUUUCCCUCAGCGGGAAGAGUGUUCUAGGGAGUGCCCGGCAGCCUGUGAUGUCCCAGGGUACAAAGACUGGUCCAGGCUGGGGUCUCACUGCAUCAAAUACUUCGAAACCCCUCUCAACUUCACUGAUGCCGAGUUCAGCUGCCGGGCAAAGGUCUGCGGUGGCCACCUGGUGUCGGUGGACAGCCACUGUUUUAAUGAAGGCCUGCUGGCAGUCGUCCUGAAGCACAACAAAAAGCAACCUCGAAUCUGGAUGGGCGGCUUUGAGAUGUUCAAGUCUGGGAAAUUCGUCUGGACUGAUGGAUCUGUGUGGAACUAUACAGCGUGGGUCUCUGGGCAGCCCAGCCAGAGGUACAACACCACAGAGGACUGCGUGGAGAUGAACUGGGAACAAAAAGGGAAGUGGAAUGAUCACUCCUGCAACACAGCGAAGAGUUACGUGUGUGCUUUCAAGAGACAGGCCUGA